GCUGAAAGUGGGGGCGGGUUAACGCUGUGGUCCUUCUCUGGGGUAAAUCAGCAGAACUGACUCCUGAGCAAGUUGCUUAGAAUGAGUGUCAAAGGUUGUGCUCAGUUUCACAAAGGAGGCUGGAGCAGGGAAACCUGACGUUUCCAAGGAAAAUGUUACAUUUAUUCAAUAGAUUGAGUGGGUGGAGCUUAAAAAAUCACGGAGACAUUUAAAAAUUGCAGAAGGCUGCUCAGAUGCUCAGCAAUCUGCAUUUAGGAUGGGGAGAGGAGGAUGCUAACAAGAGUGCCCCCCUUCCACUUUUAUCCCUAAGAAGAAUAUUUAAGACCACUACAGAUCUCAAAAGACCUGAAGGGUUUUUGCACAGCUGCAUGAAAAUGUGCAGCAAUAAUAGCCUUUGUCUUUCAUAAAGGUAAAAAUGGAGAAGACCAUGGAUCCUUUGUACAUACCCACCACAUUUCCAGAUAUUAAUGUCUCCUUGACAAAUGCCACAGACAAUGCAACGGUUAUGGAUUUUUCUGCCUCCUCCAAUAUCCACUCUGUCUUCAUACCGAUCAUUUACCUUCUGGUUUGUAUUAUUGGACUGAGUGGGAACACCUUGGUCAUCUAUGUGGUUUUGCGUUAUGCCAAAAUGAAGACUGUGACCAACAUCUACAUCCUAAAUUUAGCCAUCGCUGAUGUACUCUUCAUGUUGGGCUUACCAUUUCUGGCUACCCAGAAUGCCAUCUCCUACUGGCCCUUUGGAACAUUCAUGUGUAGGUUAGUUACGGCUUUUGACGGCAUUAACCAGUUCACCAGCAUCUUUUGCCUGACUGUCAUGAGCCUGGACCGCUAUCUUGCCGUUGUCCAUCCUAUUAAAUCUACCAAGUGGCGUCAGCCAAGGAUAGCCAAAUUGAUCAGCAUGGCAGUCUGGACUUUAUCCUUCUUGGUGGUCCUUCCCAUGAUUAUAUUUGCUGAUGUCCAGGAGAACUUUCAUACGUGCAACAUGAGCUGGCCUGAUCCAGUGGAGAUAUGGUCGGCUGUGUUCAUCAUAUAUACAUCCGUGUUGGGUUUCUUUGGUCCGUUGUUGGUGAUAUGCCUCUGCUAUUUGUUGAUUGUCAUUAAAGUGAAAUCCUCUGGAAUCCGAGUUGGCUCCACAAGACGCCGGCGGUCAGAGCGGAAAGUGACCAGAAUGGUGGUCAUUAUAGUAGUGGUCUUUGUUUUCUGCUGGCUCCCCUUCUACAUUGUGAAUAUUGUCAAUUUGAUACUCAUCUUGCCAGAGGAACCAGUCUUGGUGGGCAUUUUCUCCUUUGUGGUAGUUCUGUCUUAUGCCAACAGCUGUGCCAAUCCCAUACUUUAUGGAUUUCUUUCGGAGAAUUUCAAGCAGAGCUUUCGGAAGGUCCUAUGCCUCCGUCAAGGCAAUAGCAUUGAAGAUGGCGACCCCACCGAACUUCGGCAGGAGAAGACUAGCCACCUGAAGGAUACAAUGCUGCCUCAGAGGGAUGAUGAAUCCAAUGGUCACAUGCUGACUAGCAAGGUGUAGAAAGUCUGUGACUUCAAGAAGGCUGUAUCUUGGUUGAAACACAUGAUGACAGUAAAUACUGAAAGUGGACGGGGCCAGGAGACGGUGGUCACCUCAUCUCCAAGCUUAACCUACAGAGAUUUUCUUUCCCAGCCUUUUGUUCCUAUGUCCACCUAGCGUUCUGGGGGUCAUGAAAAGCUUCAGAAACAGUAACCAAAAAGAACAUAUUGUAUUACUUUCAUUCUUGCUCUCUCCUCAUAUAGCUGUUUGUAUGUAUGAUACAAAAAAAGUUAGGCUAUAUAAACGAAAAGGCAAUUCGGCUUACGAUUCCAUAGCAGGAAGCCUUCCCUAUCAAAUUUACUGGAUUGGAGAUGAAGAUGGAAGGCUGUGUGGAUAAUCCACCUCCCCCCUCCCUCAAACGUGCUGCAUGGCGCAACCAUGCAACGAAGCCUAAAGGAAGGAAUAGGCUUCAUUCCCAAUGGGUAUAAUUGCCAGCAGAGAACUGGUAAGGCCAGUAGGGCCCUGGCAAACCUCAGUCCAGUGAACUUGUGAACUGAAGAACUCCCAUAGCUCAUUCACACCCUUCCGGCGGUCCGCUGUCCCGCAGGUCUCUGGCAUACAGGGGCUCCAGCAGUGACGGAUGUAGAAGCAUCUACAAUAACCCAGUCGUUCGGGUGGGUGAGGAUGGAAAUGGGGAACUCGGUGUUUCCUUGGCAGUCCUUCUGGGUCCUGCUUUCUACUUCCCGCAGGGGGCUGGAUCUUGCUACGCUGCUUUUCUUAGAUCUAACAGAACCUAUUUAUAGCCUUACUAGGAAUGCAUCUGAAUUAGGGAGUCCACAUUAAACUUUGCUCAUUCAAAACGUUCUCAAAAUCUUGGGAGGUGCAAAAGUUCACUCCAACUUUUCCAAACCGUACAACUUGGUGAUUUAAUACGGUCUGGGCAGAAGACAGAGCAACCUGGCUAUCUAUAUCUAAUUCUCUUUUACAAGAUGCCUUUUUCCCAUUCAUUAAUCAAUGAACAUUUCUCCAACAGCGUCCGCGGGGAGGGGGGGCCCUAAAAAGUCAAAAUGGCAGCUGCAACCAUGCAUUCAAAGCCUCAUUCUUUUUUCUUCUUCUGUUUUAAUGGGCAUCACAUGUGCCACACAUCUAAAAAAGGGAUAGGGCUCUCAUUACCUGAGGAUGCUCUCUCCGACUUUUAACUUUGUUUUUGUAAGUGUUUUACUGUCCUCACGGUUUUUAUUUGUGAGCUGCCUAGAGUCACCCAUGUAGUGAGAUGGGCAGUGUGUAAAUUUGAUUCACAAAUAAAAUAAAUUACGUGGUCGUGGCUGCCAUCUUGACUUUACUGACCUCUCCCCACAGAUGCUCCUGUAUUGCUCAAAAAUAUCUGGUCUAGAAAAGUUAAAUCUUUCUGAAUCUCUUUGAUUGUGAACCUGGGGGAGUUCAGCAGCUCCCAGCAAACCAGAGCACUCCCCUACUGAAGCUGAUAGUAGUUGUUUUUAAACAUGAUUUCAACCUCUCAGACAUCGUUUGGAUAUGAAGUAAAUAUGGAGGAUCAAGCUGGGGUAAGAUUUUAUUCCUUUUCCCCACAUCACUGCAUCCUUUCCUUCCCCCUUCUUUCUACUUGGAAGUGUAAUCCCGGAAGUUGACCAAAUGUGAUCCUGAUCAAUUAAAAUGCUGCUUUA